AUGUUUUCCAACAUCCUUGCUCAAGUGUCGCUGCAUUCUGGCGGUUUAGGUGGACAUUUUGGAAAUGAUAAGACAAUUUCCCUUGUAAGGGACAGGUGUCGUAUAUGCCAAACCAGCAAAGGGAAGAAACAGAAUACUGGGUUAUACAUGCCAUUACCCGUUCCAGAAGCCCCUUGGCAUGAUAUAACUUAUAAGCAUGGACUUUGUAGUUGGUCUGCCAAGAACCCAGCGAGGUAA